AUGAACGUUGAGUCCCACACCUCAAAAAGAGGAGAGAAACAAAGAAAGAGACUAAUGGAUUCCAUAGCCUUUUUGCUGGUACUAUCUUUUGUGUUGACGUGCAUUCAUAUCCUGACCAUCUACAAUUCAUGCCGGCGGAAUUCCGGCAAAGCUAGACUGCCUCCUGGCCCCUACCCUUUUCCAAUCAUUGGUAACAUCUUCGAACUUGGCCACAAACCCCACCAAUCACUUGCCAACCACGCGAAAAUCCAUGGUCCUUUGAUGUCUCUUAAACUGGGGAGCAUAACAACAAUGGUCGUAUCAUCACCCCAAAUGGCAAAACAAGUGUUACAACAACACGAUCAGGCCUUCUCCUGCCGAACUGUUACGGAUGCUCUACACGCACUUGACCAUCACAAGGUUUCUAUGCCAUUGUUGCCGGCAAAUAGUGCAUGGCGCAAUCUUCGGAAGAUAAGCAAAGAGCAAUUUUUUUCAAUGCAACGCCUUCACGCCGGUCAAGGCCUUCGCCGGAAAAAGUUGUAG